AUGGCGGAGCCUUCCCGGCGGCUGAGGGUCUGGGCGGCGCUCUCCCUGCUGACGGUGCUGCAGAGCGGCGGCGGCCAUGGUUUCUACCUCCCCGGGAGCUAUCCCCAGCGGCACAAGGUCGGGGAAUCCUUCUAUGCGAAGGUGAACUCCAUCACCUCCGUCGUCACCGAGGUGCCCUACGGGUACUACAGCCUCCCCUUCUGCCAGCCGGAGGACGGCAUCUACGACAAGGCCGGGAACCUCGGAGAGCUCCUCAUGGGAGACCGCAUCGAGAACUCCCCAUACCGCUUCCAGAUGCUCACCAACGCCUCGAAGAUCAUCCUCUGCUCGACCGACGCCCUCUCCUCCUCUAAUUUCGACCUUCUCUGCAAGCGCAUCGACGAGGUAUACCAGGUCAACCUCAUCCUCGACAAUCUCCCCGCCAUCCGCUACGCUCAGUUGAAAGGGUUUUCCGUCCACUGGACGGGCUACCCCAUCGGAAUCCACGACGGGGACUACUACCUCUUCAAUCACCUGAAAUUUAGGGUUCUUGUCCAUAAGUACGAGGUUAAUGCCGCCACCACCGACGUCGUGGGCGUCGGCGAGGCCGGCGGGGCGAUUCUGGCUGGGGCUGCCACCGGUGACGGCGACGGCGGAGCAGCUGGGUACAUCGUGGUCGGAUUCGAGGUCGUCCCCUGCAACGUUGAGCACGAUCCAGAGGCCGUCAACGGCUUGAAGAUGUACGACACAUACGCGGGGGAGAUACAGUGUGAUCCGAACAAAGUGGCCAUGCCUUUAAAGGAGAACCAGACCCUGGUGUUCACAUACGAGGUGGAGUUCGUAGAGAGCGACAUCAGGUGGCCGUCCCGAUGGGACGCCUACCUGAAGAUGGAGGGCGCCAAGGUCCACUGGUUCUCCAUCCUCAACGCCCUCGUGGUCAUCCUCUUCCUCGCCGGUGUCGUCCUCGCGACCCUGCUGAGAACGGUGAGGCGGGAUCUGAUGAAGUACGGGGAGCUCGACAAGGAGGAGCAGGCCCUGAUGAACGAGGAGCUCUCAGGGUGGAAGCUGGUUGUGGGGGACGUCUUCAGGGCCCCCAGCAACCCUUCACUUCUCUGCAUCAUGAUCGGCGAUGGAGUCCAGAUCCUGGGCAUGGCGCUGGUGACCAUCAUCUUCGCCGCUAUGGGAUUCAUGUCGCCGGCCUCGAGAGGAAACCUCAUCACCGGCAUGCUCUUCUUCUACCUGCUCCUCGGCAUCGCCGCCGGCUACGCCGCCGCCAGGCUCUGGAAGACGCUCCGCUCCGGUGACCACUCCGGAUGGGUCUCCAUCUCCUGGGGGGUUGCCUGCUUCUUCCCCGGAAUCGCCUUCCUCAUCCUCACUGCCAUGAAUUUCCUCCUGUGGGGGAGCCACAGCACCGGGGCCAUCCCCUUCUCCCUCUUCAUCCUUCUCCUCCUUCUGUGGUUCUGCAUCUCCGUCCCUCUCAUCCUCUUCGGCGGCUGCCUCGGGUCCAGAGCUCCCCACGUCGUGUUCCCAGUGAGGACGAACCAGAUCUCCCGGGAGAUCCCAACCCAGAAGUUCCCACCCUGGAUUCUGGUCAUCGCUGCCGGCACCCUCCCCUUCGCAACCCUCUUCGUUGAGCUCUUCUUCAUCAUAACCAGCAUCUGGUCCGGCCGGGUCUACUACGUCUUCGGGUUCCUCCUGGUCGUCUUCAUUCUCCUCGUCGUGGUCUGCGCGGAGGUCUCUCUGGUGCUAACUUACACUCACUUGUGCGUGGAGGAAUGGAGAUGGUGGUGGAAGGCCUUCUUCUCCUCCGGCUCCGUUGCCAUAUACACCUUCCUGUAUUCCGUCAGCUACCUGGUUUUCGAUCAGAAGAGGUUCAGACAGCCGGUAUCGGUGGCUCUUCUCCUCGGCUACUCCUUCCUCAUGGCCUUCGCUCUCAUGCUCGCCACCGGCACCGUCGGGCUGCUCUCCUCCUUCUGGUUCGUGCAUUACCUGUUCUCCUCGGUUAAGUUUGACUGA